AUGAACAGUCAAUACACCCGCCGCGAGAUAUUCUGCCAAAACACCUGUCACGAGCUCAAACGCUUCUGGGAAAGAGAGAUCGGCAAGCAGACAUGCUACCGGGAAUCUGAAGAGAACCGUCUGGGAAAAAGCGCCCUGAGAAAGCUAAGAGAAGAAUGGAAACAGAGGCUGGAAACGAAGCUGAGACUGGGGAACCAUCCAGAAGAGACUGAAAAUCGAGCAAAUGUUGGCUGAGAGCAUCCUGCUACCUUGACUACGGGCGGGCACACAGUGGUUUGGUCGCACUGCAGAUGGGUCCCUGGCAAAAGAAACCUUAUCCGUCUUCUGCCCAUCUUCCCGUACCAUAUUUCUUUGUUAAGUAGUAUGCCAUUUAUUAUUGCAAAGUGUCCCAAAGAGACAUUUAUUAUUUAAUAUCAAAACUCCCCGCAGCCUGGCUUGUGUUCAAACAAUUACAGUCUAAUUGUGAAAUCCACCUUGUUGGGCUUUUCU